CGCUCGGCUUUCUCCGCUCAGAGUCGGAAUCAGAGCCGAGAGCCGAGAGCCUCCUGUCUGUUACGCGCCGCGGUCUCCUCAUCAAUCUGGUCUUGGCUUCUGGUUUGAGAUUGUUUACAUCCAGUCAACCAAGUGAGGAACAGAAGUCACCACCUGCUGAAAUGGACACCGCCAAUCAGCUUGUAUCUGUGGGGACGUUUCAGGUGCUGAAAUUACCUCUGGGAUUUAUUAGGAUUUUGGAAUGGCUUUUUGCCAUUUUUGCUUUUGCGACAUGUGGGGGAUACUCUGGGCAGCUGCGGGUUAGUGUGGACUGCAUGGAGAAGGCCAGCAGCAACCUCAGCAUCGGCAUCGACUUUGCUUAUCCCUUCAGGUUGUACCAGGUGUCCUUCGAAGCGCCCGUGUGUGAGGGCAUGAGGAGGGAACUCGUGUUCCUCAUUGGAGACUAUUCAUCCUCCGCAGAGUUCUUCGUCACCAUUGCUGUCUUUGCCUUCCUGUAUUCUCUGAUGGCGACCAUCGUAUACAUCUUCUUCAAGAGUAAAUACCACGAGAACAAUCGAGCACCGCUCAUUGACUUUGUGGUGACAGUGGUGUUCUCCUUCAUGUGGCUGGUCAGUUCAUCUGCUUGGGCAAAGGCUCUGUCUGAUGUGAAACUGGCCACUGAUCCAGAUGAGGUGCAGCUCCUCAUCUCUGCCUGCAAAGACCAGACCAACAGGUGUGGCUCAGUGCACGGAUCGCGCUGGUCUGGGCUCAACACCUCAGUGGUAUUUGGGUUCCUCAACUUUGUUCUAUGGGCUGGAAAUAUCUGGUUUGUCUUUAAGGAGACUGGUUGGCACAAGGGGGCUUCCAGGUUGGCAGGCGGGGUGUCCGAGAAACAGGCCGGCACCUUUAACCAGGAGCCCUACAACCAGGGAAGCUUUGACCAGACGGGGAGCCAUAACAUCCAGGGAGAUCUCGGCCAGCCAUCUGAGUACAGCCAGGUGGGAGGUCCCACCUCGCACUCCAAUCAAAUGUAGCCGAGCCUUUUCGUUUCACAAGUGGCACUUCGGCAAUAUAAACCAGGGUAAUCGAGGGGUGAAAGGAGAGGAGAAGAGUAGAGUAAACCUUCAUUCUCCGCUCAAACUGUCUGUGCAAAAAAAAAAAAAAAAGACAGUCAUCAAAAAGGUGUCAAAGGUGUCAAAGUACAACCCCUGUAGAUAGAAUAAGUAAUGUUAGGUAUUUUACAAAAUUAUCAGACAACGUGUUUUGCUCCUCUUUCAGAAGUGUUGUUUGCUGAAUGUUGUAUUUCUUGUAGUUUGAAACACAUUAGUGUCACUUUCUGUCUGUGCUUGGUGAUCGACAUUUACUGUUUAGAGACUUUUUUAAACUGGUUUGCCCUCUGCGGUGGAGGGAAAAACUGCUCUGUGUUUGUAAUACUUUUCAACUUUUCAAGUGCAUGAUGUUGUAUAUGUGCUACUAUGCUCUGUCCGUGACACUUUUCAAAAGAAAUCAUACAUUUUUAUCUCUGAGAGUUUACAAAUCCAUAAAUCCCAGACUCAUUCCUCUGCGUUUAUUUUGAUCGGUAUUAUGUUAUUUUAACAGGAGCUGUAUUUUAAUGAUGGGUAUCUCUAAUUUAAAUAUAUAUUCAGAACUUGUUUUAGGGAGAGUUCUUUUACAUUUGUUAUAAAUACAUGUCAACACAUCAAUAUGGAGUUUCUAAAGCAAUAAUGGCAAAAACACAUUAUUUGCGCAAGAAACGACCAAUACAGGAUGCAGCCAUUGCUGUUUCAUUUUUAAUUGCAUCUGCUAUCACAUUGUCAUUUUAUUUGAAAAGAAUGGUGUCGUCUACAAGUGUUUACAACUGUUUACGAGUGGUCGCUCUUGCUACACAUCUGACUGUGACCGUUUUCUAUGCUAUCAUCAACCUACUGUAAAAUCAUAGACAUAAGUCGUACCUCUCUAAAGCAUGUCUUGAGUGGUGUUCAUUUACACUUUUAAAGCCCAGCAAAAAAGCACAUCAGUACCACUGUGAUAAUCAAAGAAUAGUGAGUAGUGGGCUCAUCUGUAUGAAGCUAAUACUGAGCUUUUCUUUACUUCAAAGUCACAAUUCUUUUGAACAGCUAUUUCUUUUGUGCGAUUGUUGUAAAAUAGAAUGGGUGAUCCUCGGUUGCUGUUUGUAUAGAUUUAUAUGACUUGUGCAACCCUGUUUUUUGAACUCCUAAGCAUGUGGCUUGCAUCGGUGUAAUAAAGAAGAGUGAACAUUUAUGUAUGUAUAAUAGUCUGACGUCCAUGAUAAAUGUCUGCGGGUAAAUAUAAUUACUGUGGAUCACGAUUUACAGGAAUUCAUGUCAAUAAAGAUGCACAUAUUUGUCCAUAA